CGCAGCCAAUAGGAAUGGCGAGCGCCUCAAAUGGUCUGGCUCAGCUGAUCUCUUCCAGCAGAGUUGUUUUGAACAGAAAGAAAACUGCAGCAGUAGGAGGAGAGGAGACAAGGGGAUAGGGGGUCAGAGAGACAGAGAGAGAGUCACGGACUAGCGCACGCCCCCCUGUCGGACAACAUUAGUGCCUUCCCUGCCCUCCAAUGUUAAUAUCUGUCUGAGAGAGUUCCCCGGGGCUGACAAUGAAAGCGGCCGUCCCCUGGGCAGUGGAAUUGGGACUGACGGUGCUGUACACGGUGCUUUGCUGUGCACUCUUCCUCACCAUAUACGUGCAGCUCUGGCUGCUUUUACACUACAAACAGAAGAGGUUCGGCUACCAGAGCCUCUUCCUAUACCUGUGCCUCCUGUGGGCAUCUUUUAGGACCGUUCUCUUCUCAUUUUACCUUAAAAACUGUGCCCAGUCCAAUGACAUGCAGCCUUUCCCCAGCUGGCUCCUGUAUUGCAGCCCCGUGUGUUUGCAGUUCUCCACUUUGUGUCUACUUAAUGUUUAUUUUUCGCAGGUUAUUUUUAAAGCCAGGUGUUCUCCAGAGUUUAACAAAUACAAAACUCCGCUUCGUUUGGGAUUCCUAUUCAUGUGUCUUGCUUUUCUGGUUGUCAACCUGUGCUGUAUCCUGCUUACUUAUGACAGUGUAUCGGCUGACCAGCAAGGAUGGAUAACCAUGACAAGAACGAUAGUUAGUGAUUGUCUCUUUGCAGCUUGUUCAAUUACGUUGGCCAAGAACACCUACAAAAUUGCAAACUUAUCCCCGGCCUAUGUCUACCUAGAAUCUAAGGGCACAUCUGGGCAUCAAGCAGUUGUAACGGGUUCUGUAAUUAGCUUACUCUAUAUUUUGAGGGCCUGCUACAAUUUGGUUGUAAUUUCUAUAUCGCCAGAGAAUAAGCCAAGCCCUUUUAGCUAUGGAUGGAACGGUGUCUCUGAUCAUGCUGUUGCAGAGGAUGUUAUUGGUCUUGAAUAUCUGCUGUUUGGAAUUCUUAUUCUGUUUUGUGAACUCCUGCCAAUGGGCUUGAUGGUGUAUUUCUUCCGUGCAAAAAGAUUAAGCCAAAACCUGGAAGCUGCAGGGAUGGUGAACAGUCACAGUUUUGGAUCCAGAGCAUACUUUUUUGAUAAUCCCCGGAGAUACGAUAGUGAUGAUGACUUGCCAAGGCUUGCUUCUGCAAGAGGAGAACGAGGAAGUUUGUCAUCUACCCCCAAAACCUCUGCAUGGUAUGGAGCAAUAUGUCCAAGUAAUGGCUGUGCUCUCUCACCACCUCUGCUUAAUGGACCUGCUUCAGGGACUCCUAUACUGUUUACAUGUGGAGCACAAACACUGGCAUAGCUUUGGCUAUUCACCACACCAUUGGACUGCACCUUUUCAGCUGUCUAUUACCCUGAGACAACAGGCAGCUUGUGUUUUUGUUUACGUUUAAAAAGUAACUGCAUCGGCACAUACAUUCCGUUUCCAAGGCCGCUCAAACCUAGCUUUUGUUACUAAUAAGCUCAAGACUCAAUCGUGGCACUGUUCAAGGCACUGACUCUUGCCUAUGAAAGUGUACAUUACUGCGUAUUUGCACCCGCGUGUUUCCCAUUAACAGGCUUAGGUUCUACAAGCAAGCAAUCCAACCAAUAGAGAUGGAGUCAAAUCUCAGCAUUUCAAGCAGCUCUCCUCUUGUACAUGAAGCCUGUCAUCCUGCAAACAACAACAGCCCUCUGUUCUGUAAUGCAAGGAAGUUUUUAUUAUUUUAAGACAUAUCUGCCAUUUAUUCAAAGUGACCUUUUCACUCUAAUUCAACAUUCAGUAUUAGAGAAUUGGCAAAACUCGUACCAUAGAACUUCAUUUUUGUUUGCACUGCUGUUUUUGAAGAGAACCUCUCACCUAAAAUUCAGUAAGAUAAGUUAUGUAACAUCUGACUACUUACAUGGAGUGCCUUGUUUAUAGAAGAUGCACAGUUAUAAUGAAUUAUUAAACGGAAAGUAUCACAAAAGUUACUUGUGCUACCAACAAGAACUGAGGGGACUACACAGGUGCAUUCUUCAACACUUUGUGGGGUCCAAAUCAUGGGAACUAAUAAGGGAAAUAGUUAGGCUUUGCUUCUAAAACAUUAAACUGUUUUACAUUUGCACAUUUUAUGUGAUACUUUCCUUUUAAAAACAGUCCUUAAAAUCUGUUCAUCUUCAUUUGUGCAAAGGAAAGGCAAGCACUGACUCGCAAUGAUCCUGAAAUACUUUGCUUGGUCACUUUUUACAAUAAUCCUUCCUUCCUCCCUCCUUUCCUCUUUAUUAGUUUAGGGAUGCGCUGAUUCCACUAUUUUUGGAUCAGGCCAAACCCCGAAUACUUUGUGAAAUAUUUGCCCGAAUAUCGUAUGAAAUCCAAACGUUAAUUUACAUAUGCAAAUCAGAGCAAGGAAGGGUGAAAGAGAAGCAUAGGUUAAAAAAUGUUUUGCAUCCUUGUUUGGGUGACAAAAUGUCUCAUGAUUUUAAGAAUUCAGUUCGGCCGGGCACUUGGAUCCCGAACCAAAUCCUGAAUUCGGUGCAUCCUUUUUAAUAGUGCUGAUGUUUUCUGUUAUAAAAGAUUUCCAUGAUUUUCUAAAAUAAGCAUUAAGUAUUCUGGAUUGUGUGCUCUGCUAUAUUGUUUUAUAUCUCAACUGUUCCAUCCCCAGACAGCCUUGUAGAAAAUGCAUGUUGUAAGGAGAAUUAUGGCAGAAAUUCUAUGGACUGUGGUCUUAUAUAUCCAUCAUCUCUGGAAAAAGCAGGUGCGUGAUUGUUUGAGACGCUAGCUUGUCCCAUCACUUGCAAAUCUAGAAAACCCUACAUCUCUAUUGUUUACAUUUUGAAAACCAGCAGAUUUUUCCCAUCACCACUGCUGUUUGCAAACUAUAUAAGGGUUGACUGUGUUUGUUUUCUUCUUAUGGCAGUGGAUUACUGUCUAGACAAAUUGCCCUUCAUUUACCUCCCCUUUCCCUUAGCUAAGCUGCUAGUGUCUGUAAAAGUGCUGUUCUAGCUUAUAGUUUGACCUGGUCUUCAUCCAGUCUAAUGACAUUUUAUUACUGUACUUGACAAACCUGCAAAACAAAUUCCCUCCCUGCUCAAUGAUUGAAGAAUUCUGGGAAAUCCGUACUCGCUGGAUUUACCCAUUUAUGGGUGGUUACAGAUUAAAUGGGACUGUGCACAGUUCUUUUGUUCUUUCUUAAAACUACUCGUAAGGGGUUCAGGGUUUGGAAAUGGUCCUCUUAGUAAUAGUUAAAAAAAGCAGGUUGUAGGCUAUUUAAAUGGUCUUUAUAUAACCUGUGAAAACAUACCAUUUAGUUUAGUGAGAUAGCCAGCAAUGCUGGCAUGCCCAGAGAGCCUGUCGCUUGAUGUUUUGCUGGCAAGACACAUCAAACAGGCUUCCCAUCAGUUUAUGCUGAUUUUUCUAGUGUAAUAAAUGAAUAAAUGUGCAUGCAUUGCAGUUCUAGUUUUUUGUACUUGCCCAAAGAUCCCUUUUCUGGUGCUGGCUUGGGUUUUAUACUGGAGAAAUAUGAGGCCCCCUCCAGAAAGAUUACUGUCAGUAUUAAUGCAAGUCUCUCACGUAAACUAUUUGUGACUCUCAAUACAUUUUGGCUCGUGAAUUUUAUAUUUGCUGACCGUGUUAUGAUUUCUAUUAUUGGCUCUGAUUUUAUUCCACCAAUCAGGCCAACUUGAGCAAUAUUUCAGUGUGCUGCUUUUUACAUUUGUCCAAUUUAAUAUUUCAAAUGAAAAUGUGAGACCCACAAGAUUUUUUCAGAAAGCACAAUGGAUACUUUUGGUGACGAAUCUACUAUUCGGGAACAGAUAGAGGUACAAAAUCAUCACAAAUUAGGGUGCUGCAUUAUUGUGUAAAACAAAUGUGGUUGGCAUUCAACGUACUGCUUUAUUAUUUGCACUUGUCAGAGACUGAUGGUUACACAGUAAAGAUGGGAAGUUACUGUGUGACUACUGAAGUGUGAGAACAAGGUUCAUUAGUAAAUUGUAGUUGACAUUGUUAACUGUCUGCUUCUAAUACGCAGCAAUAUAUUUUGUUUCUGCUUCCCAAAGGAAAUAUAUUGUAUCCCAAACUUUCAAAUGAGGUUUUACUUGACAAAUAAUUCCUUUGCCCAGAGAGGCCUAGAUCCUCUCGUUUGUGCUAUUGUGAGGCCGUACAAGCAAGCGAUUUGCCUGGCUCAUUAGUCACAUAGAGCUCGUCCUCCCUUCACCAAAGAGUACAAAAGAGAAAAGUGAUUUUUUUUGUCUUAAAGCACUAGGUGCACUUUAUGGUAGAGAAAGAAUAAAAAAAAAUGGCAUGAAUGCCUCUUGCACCUCUGAAUAUGUUGUUCUUCCAUCCUGUAAUGAGGUGAGUUUGCUCCAGUGCUUUACUUUUAUUUAAAAAUCUCUAGAACAGAAGUCAUUUGCCCUAUUAAACUUGUUUUUCUGGUAGGCAGUGUUUAGAAUAUAAAAGGGUGCUACUCCAGCCAUAGCAGAUGUGACUGUGUUAAUAAUCUUGAAUAUUGUCACUAUGAGUGUUGUUGGUGCCAUCCCACUAACUCCGUAUCUGCCUGCCAGCUGGUUUUCUCCAAUGCAUGCAUCAGUCACUGGCAAGAGUUUCACCUCUACCAAGAGCCAAACCUAAACUUCUCAAAGCACACUGGGGCUGUGACACUGGUACAGCAUGAACUGUGCGUCCCUAGCUGUUAUUAAACUGCAAUUCCAACUAUAGGUAGGGGGUAAUGGUGGUUCUUAUUCAGCAAAUACUGGUACUUAACAUGCAGCAUCAAAAUGUAAUUGGCCAAUGAAUGUACACACUUUCACUAAACUGUAAUGAAGCACUACCAUUUGAAAAUAAAGUUUUAUCUGCA